GGUCCUGAUCACAUACACGUUUCGAAAUUCUAUAAAGAAGCGAAGAACGGCAAAUUCAUCAGUUACAUUACUGAGAAUGUGCGCACGUUAUAUCAGACAUUUCGUGAAGGUGCCUACUCCUCAAACAAUGGACCGUGCUUGGGUUGGCGCGAGACACUCACAUCACCAUAUCAGUGGAUCAAUUACGAUGAAGCCUUGCUGCGCGCCAAGAAUUUCGGCGCCGGCAUGAUUGCUUUAGGUGCGCGCCCAAAACAAUUGAUUGGCAUUUACUCGCAAAACCGUCCCGAAUGGAUUCUAUAUGAGCAAGGUUGUUACAGUUUCUCUUUGGUUGUGGUGCCGUUGUACGAUACGCUCGGACCGGAAGCGUGUGCGUUCAUCAUGCGUCAAACAGAAAUGUCAUUGGUUGUUGUUGAGGAUGAUGCCAAGGCUUUGAUGUUGUUGGACAAAGCGCCGCCCACGCUGAAGAUCAUUGUCUCAAUUAAGCCCAUAAGGCAGCAUACGCUGGAACGCGCCCGUAGCCGCGGCAUACAGAUAUUCUCAUUUAUCGAUGUGGAGAAAUUGGGCGCUAAGGGCAAUCAUCCGGAAGUGCCGCCAGUAUCCGAAGACUUGUGUACCGUCUGCUACACAUCCGGCACUACAGGCAAUCCAAAAGGUGUGAUGCUCACGCACGGCAAUGUGGUCGCUGGCGUAUGCGCGGUGAUCUUGCAAAUGGGUGAACACCGCAUACGUGCAGGCGAUGUCAUGAUAUCAUUCCUGCCGUUGGCGCAUAUGUUCGAGCGUUGCUGCGAGAACGGCAUCUACUAUGUGGGCGGCUGCGUGGGCUUCUACUCGGGCGACAUUAAGGAGCUGACUAACGAUUUGAAAAUGUUGAAACCAACCGUAAUGCCAGCGGUGCCGCGUUUACUUAAUCGCGUAUAUGAUAAAAUACAAAAUGAGAUUGCCUCGUCGGCCAUCAAGCGUACUUUAUUCAAUAUGGCGCUUAAGGCCAAGGAGAAAGAGCUCUCGCGCGGUAUUAUGCGUCGCAACGGCUGCUGGGACAAGUUGGUCUUCAAAAAAGUGCACCAAGCUUUUGGCGGCAAUCUACGUCUGAUGGUUGUCGGUUCCGCGCCGCUGGCCGGCAAUGUCUUGACAUUCAUGCGCUGUGCACUCGGCUGCUUAGUGCUGGAGGGUUACGGCCAAACCGAAUGUACUGGCGCCAUUUCAUUAACCGUACAGGGUGACUACGUGCCGAAUCAUGUUGGACCACCGGUCUCCUGCAAUGCCGUCAAACUCGUAGAUGUGCCGGAGAUGGAGUAUUUCGCCAGUCAAAAUACUGGCGAGGUAUGCGUGCGUGGCUCCAAUGUGUUCCAUGGUUAUUAUAAAGAUCCAGAGAAGACGGCUGAGGCUGUUGAUUCGGAGGGUUGGCAUCAUACCGGUGACGUCGGCAUGUGGUUGCCGAAUGGCACGCUACGCAUAAUCGAUCGUCGCAAACAUAUUUUCAAGCUUAGCCAAGGUGAAUACAUUGUGCCAGAGAAAAUUGAGAAUAUCUACACGCUGAGUCAGUACGUCAAUCAGGUGUAUGUGUAUGGCGAGAGUCUUAAGAGCUGUAUUAUUGCUGUCGUUGUGCCUGAUGUGGAUGUGCUCAAGCAGUGGGCUAACGAGAAUCGUGUCAAGGGCACACUCUCUGUGCUCUGCAAUAAUCAACAGGUCAAGGAGCUGAUUAUGAGCGAUAUGCUCAAUUGGGGUAAACAGAGCGGCUUGAAAUCGUUUGAACAGGUGAAAGACAUUUAUUUGCAUCCGGAUCCGUUUUCGGUACAAAAUGGCUUGCUAACGCCGACUUUCAAAGCGAAACGGCCACAAUUGAAGAGCUAUUUCAAGCCGCAGCUGGAUGACAUGUACAAACAUUUAGAUUAGAGUUGAAAUAUAUAAUAGCAAACCGUUUACGGAAAGCAUAGCGCUAAAGCUUAUCCGUGGCUAAUUUUGGGUUAUGAACAAAGCAAGCACUGAUAGCCAAUUAAAGCACUGCUGGGAAUAUUGAACCAUAUCUGCAAUAUGAAAUUCCUAAACGAAAAAUGCGUAUUAGCGUAUAAAAUGCAAAGUUUCACCAAAUUAAAUUUAAUUAAAAAAUAAAAAUCGGAAAUUUGACUUCAUGGGGGAAAAUUAAUCAAAAAGCAAUUGCAAUAUUUUUAACCAGUUAGCACUUACCACUUUAAUAUAUAGCAGCUUAGCUGCAAUUGAUUAUGUAUGGAACGUAGUAAAUUUACCUAAACUUAUUUAGAGUACCGUUAUAACACGAGCAAAGUAAAACUUUAUUUAAAUUCCAGCAAAAACAAUUAUCUAAAAAAAAAAAUUAAAUAAAAAAAGCACUCUAUUUAUACGUAAAUAGCGCGCCUAACCAAUUAACAAGCAGCAAUUAUAGAAUUAAAAAUACUUAUUAAUAUCGAGAAACUAAGAAGAAGUUUGAAAAGCGUAUCGUCAACUAAAAUGCAAAAUAACGUAAUAUCACUUUCAUAAAUUUACAAGCGAAGGAAAAACGAUAUAAUAGAAAGCACACAAAUUGAAAAAAAUUGAGUUUCGGUUAUAUAUCGGUUAUAUCUGACUGCAAAAAUUGCAAAAUAACGUAACAUCACUUUUCAUAGAACCACACAAAUUGCAACAAAUUUUGGGUAUUGGUUAUAAAACGGUUAUGUAUAGGUUAUAUAUCGGUUAUAUCUGACAGCUAAAAUGCAAAAUAACGUAACAUCACUUUUAAUAAGUUUGCAAGCGAAAGAAAAACAAUAUAAAAGAAAAACCUCAUAUCGGAGCAAAAUUUGAGUAUUGGUUAUAAAACGGUUAUGUAUAGGUUAUAUAUCGGUUAUAUCUGAAUAUUAAACAAAAUUUGAGUUUUGAUUAUAAAACGGUUAUAUAUUGGUUACAUGUUAGUUAUAUAUUGGUUAUAUCGGACAACGUUUAAGAUUAAAAUUCUAUGACUUAUAUACAUAUUUGUAUAACAUGAUGUAGUGAAUCGUAAGCAAUAAAAAACUCAAUUUAAAUUUUUUGCGAUACGUUGUUUUGCAUUUUUGGUGACGAUAUGUAUGUUAUAUGCGGAGAUUUUAGCAGUCGAUAAAAAAAAUGCGAACAGUUUAAUUAAUAAAAAAGAAAAUAUUUAGUUUAUUGUAGAUUUGAAAUAAAUAUAAAAUUUAAAAUGAAAUAUAAUAUAUAUAAUAUAAAAUUACUUAUGUAUAAUAUAAAAUGAAAUAUAUCUAAUAUAAACUGUACUAACAGCUUACUUUCGAAUAAAAAAUUACCGAUAUAUUACUGUACCAUAUGUAUGGAUUCAUCAGCUAUGUUUAUACCCUGAACAGUGUGUAUUAAGUUUGCCAUGAUGUUUCUAAGUAACAACGGGAACAUCAGAGGCCCAAAAAAAAAUAUAUAUAAUGCGAAGCUAUAGCAGGAAACGUCAGAGACCCUGUAAACUAUAGACUAUAUAUACAUAUAUAUGAUCAGAAUAGAAAUGAUGAAAUGAGCUGAGUCGAUUUAUCCAUGUCCUACCGUCGGUCUGCAUAUAAACGAAAAAUUUAGAGACUAGAUAUUGAGAUAUCGUUCUGAAAACUGGCAAACGUGCUUUUCUCACCAAGAAGCUGCUCAUUUGUCGGAACCAACGAUAUUGGAAAAUUAUAUAAUAUAGCUGUCAUACAAACUGAACGAUCAAAUACUACUCCUUGUAUAGAAAACUUUUUUAUUUGACGAGAUAUCUUCACGAAAUUUAACGAAGAUCAUUCUUAAAGAUAGCGCUAUAAUCUCCAAAGAAAUUGUUCAGAUCCAACUACUAUAGCAUAUAGCUGCCAUACAAACUGAAUGAUCAAAUACCCCUCCUUGUAUGAAAAACUCUAUUAUUUGAUGAGAUAUCAUCACAAAAUUUUAAAUAUAUUAUUCUCAAAGACAGCGCUACAAUCUCCAAAGAAAUUGUACAGAUCCGACUACUAUAGCAUAUAGCUGCCAUACAAACUGAUCGGUCAAAAUCAAGUUAUUGUAUGGCCAACUUUUUUAUUUAACAAGAUUUGACUAUAAAUAAUGCAGUUGUGCAGGGUAUUAUUGCUUCGGUGCUGCCGAAGUUAACACUUUUUCUUGUUUUGUAUUACCUUUUGUUUAUUUUUGAUAAUUUUAUGAUAACUAUGUACAUUACAUUAAAUGUGAUGCCCAAAGUCAGUGCUUUUAUUAGUUAGUCACUUAAACUUAUUGUUUGUAAUGUAUACGCGUAUAUUUAAUAUUUUAUUAAAUAAAAUCACUUUUAACAAAUAGUA